GGCGGGCGUCAUAUUGUAAACAUUCGCACGUCGCGUCAUGAGCGUCGUCAGCGUCGUCAGCGUCCGUGAGCGUCGUUGACGCUCAAGUUGAGACAAGUUCAACUCCAGCGUCCAAACCGGAAGUGGUCCAGCGUCUACUGGAAGCACGUGAUUCUUGUCGACAAAUCAGCUAUCAAAUCCGGGAGUGAUAUCCCUGAGUGAACUAUGGAAGAGAAGCUUAUCGAAAGUGUACGUAAGUACGGCUGCCUGUGGCAAGUAAAGUCCAGGGAGUAUAAAGACCUGCGUCUGAAGGAGAACUCUUGGAAAGAGGUCUCGGAAGAAACUGGGCUCCCAGCGGCAGACUGCCAGAAAGUAUGGAAACGUCUUCGCGACAAGUUCGUGAGGGAAGAGAAGAAAACUAAAUCAAUGCGUUCUGGAGACUCGGGACCUCUCUACAGCUCAUUGUGGGAGUACUUUGAGGUUCUCAGCUUCCUCCUGGACACCAUAAAACAUCGCCAAACAGUUACCAACUUUAGUGCCCCCCUAGAUGAUGGUUGCGUUCAUGAUGAUGAUGAGGAGGACAAUGAUGAUGAUAGUGAGAGCAUUGUAGCAGUAGACCAGUUUGAACACAAGCAAUCAAUGACAACACGUCAGUCUACUCCGUCACCAUCAGUGCCAUUAUCUGGAGGAGUAGUGCAAACACCUAUGGGAGAAAUUCGUUCCAACAGAGGCAAGGGCAAAAAGAGGAAGGUGGAUGCUGAAGCUGUUGAUUUAGCUAUGCUUCAGUUGAUCAACGACCAGAAGAGCAAUCCUACUGAGCCAUCGCUAGAUGAAGAAGGGCUAUUUGGAUUACACAUUGCAGCCAAACUAAGACAGUUGUCCGACCGUGAGAAAGCAAUUGCGGAGAUUAAAAUCGAAGAAAUACUAUUGGAGGCAAAAUUUGGCUACCAAUACCAGCAAAGCAGCCACCAAUACCAGCAUUGAGCAACCACGCAUAUC